UUAUCAACAGACGGAGAAGAACCACCUGUUGGUAAAGUAUGUUAACGUCUUUCUGUUGGUAGUAUUGAUAACAGCGCGGCGUGAAGCCAUUGGGUGUGGCGAAAAUCUCGAUAGAGAGGUGCGGACUGCGGUGACGAACGAAAACAAUAAUCGUGAACGAACGAAUUAUACGAGUCCAGUCAGUCAGUCUCACGUUGGCCUUUCUAAAAGGCCAUCAUGACGGCGGACAAGCAGGAUUAUCACCGAGCGUCCAACGCGGCCGUUUUCGGCGGUGGGCUCUCGUUCGUGGCGCUCUUCCUCCUGAUGAUGGCCUUCAUAAGUCCGUAUUGGAUAGAGUCGUAUCAGGAGACGUUCAGCAACUUCAAGCACAUGGGACUGUGGGAGUAUUGCUUCGAGCAAUUCCGUUAUCCCUUCUAUCAGUUCGACAAGCAAUUCGACGGCUGUCACCAUAUAUUUUCGCAAGAGUAUUACGUCAUAAGAGAGUGGCUGCUGCCGGUGUGGCUCAUGAUCGUGCAGGCGUUCGUCACGCUGGCCCUGAUGUUCUCCAUCUUCUCCUUCCUCGUGGUCGCCCUGAUCUGGACACGUUGGCCGUUGAGAUUCGUCCUGCAUUACGAGUGGAUCCUGUCGUCCGUCGCGUUCGUGUGUGACGCAGUAGCCGGCGCGCUUCUCUUCCUGGCGGUCUCGAUAUUCGGCGGGCAGUGCUGGCGUCGGGACUGGUUGAUGUAUCCGAAUUUCAAUCACCUGUCGUGGUCGUACGGACUCGCGGUCAUAUCGUUCAUGAUCCACACGUUCGCCGCGUUCUUCCUCUAUCUGGACGCGCGGACGGGUUACCGAUUGCGCAAGGAGUCCCGCAACUUGGUGAUGCAGAUGCAACCGAAUCCGCAGUCUCAUCACGGGCCGCCACGAAGCGGAUACGUAUAAUGUAACGACAAAUCGAGGUGCUCUUGACGAAAAAAUUUUAUUUCCGCGUAAAGCUCUUAACGUUUAUUUCUAAUGAACAAGCGAAGGAUCUGUCUCUGAGGAAAGACUUGUACACUAUCUGUGUUCGAUUUCAAUCCGUCCACUUAUAUUUGUUCAUUGAAAAUAAUGACGAUACGCAAGCUCUGUGUGCUUUGUAUAUGCAAGCUCUUAUCGUUAUUUUUCAUGAAUAGAUCCGUGAAAAGAGUGGUCGACCGUAGUCGCGGCAGGUCCCGGGUUUCGAUCCCGACCCUCAUUCCCAGUAUGCCUCACUCUUAAAGAGAUUGAUUCGAAGAGUUGAAAGUUGAGCGAAGAGAAUAUAGAGGUGAAUGAUAAAAUCUGUUUCGGGAAUCUGUAUUUCAUUUGUAUUUACAUUUAAUUUAAUCUUUUAAGAACACGUGCGCUAGAAUUGUCGCCUUCUCUCUCUUGAACUAAUUAACUUACACUCGAUUUUCUUUAGGCUAAUUAUGCUUAUGCGUGAAUAAUAUCCGUCCAUUGUUACAUAUUCACGCGCGCACAUAAUUUUUUUGUAUAUCUCAAUUUUGAUAUAUAUAUAUUUUAUAAAUAUAUAAUACGUAUACAUGAUAGAAUUACAUAAUUUGAUUUAUAAAUGUGUAGGAAAUUAAUAAACGAAAACAUAUUUUGUUUCGUGAACGAAACGAUAAA